AUGGUAGCUUUACGUGAAGUGGUUCGCGUUAACAAACCUAAUGUGAUAGCUCUGGUUGAAACCCACAUGGGGGGUGCUCAAGCAGAGAAAAUUGCAAAGUUACUUAAUUAUAAUGGGCACACGAGAGUUGAUGCCCAAUGUUUCAGUGGUGGCAUCUGGAUUUUCUGGAAUCCCGAACUUGUGUCAGUGAACCCAAUUAUUGAACAUGCGAUUUAUGCUAGUCCCGACCUUUCCAAAAGAGUUGAUCUAUGGAGGGAGUUAAAGGAGUUCGCCUCAACCCAUAAUAAACCUUGGCUAUUGGUUGGCGACUUCAAUGAUACGAGAUUUGCAUGGGAAAAAAGUUAUAGUUGUGCUGAGACUUCUCGUCGUUCUGCUCGAUUUAAUGAAUGGGUUGACGACUUGGGUCUUUUGGAAGUGGAAUUCUCGGGUUCUACCCACACGUGGUCCAGGGGUAAUUCCAUUGAUACUUGGCAAAGCGCUCGACUAGAUUGA